AUGAUUUCAUUACAUAAUAAAAUACAAAAUAAUCAUUCUAAACAUAUCAGAUUUAAUAAUUAUUUAUCAUUUUCACCAAUGAUUAUCAAAAAUCAAUAUCCAUCAGAUUUCAAUGUGAAUUGUUCAUCAAAUUUAUACAUUAAUAAUAUUGUACAUUUAGAUACAAUAUUUCAUUUAUUACAUAAUUAUAAUAAAUCAUUAUGGAAUAAACAAAUUUUCAAUAAACGUUUUAAACAAUAUUCAAUUAAUUCUAAAAUAUUCAAUUUAAAUAAUCCUCUUUAUAAGAAUUUAUUAUUUAAUGACAACAAAGAUGAAAAUAUUGUAACACAUGAUACUGCUGAAGAACCUCAUUGUCAACGAUGUGAUGACCCAUUCACUGAAGAUGAAAAUAUCGUUUUUGUUAAAAAUGACAUCUAUCAUCCGACAUGUUUUGUAUGUACUCAGUGUUUACAACCAUUAUCUAAUAAAGAAUUUUAUGAGUUUGAAGGUCGAAGAUAUUGCAAAUAUGAUUUUCAAGUACUUUUUGCACCAUUUUGUUUUAAAUGUGGUGAAUUUAUCAUGUCAAAAGUGGUAAAAGCAAUGAAUCGAAGCUGGCAUCCUGAAUGUUUAGUCUGUGAUGAAUGUGGUAUUCAAAUUGUAAGCAAAGGAUUUCAAAGACAUAAAACAAGAAUCCUGUGUAAAGAUUGUUGGUCUGUUAUAUGUCAAGAAUUAGUUGGAUAUCAUAUAUGUCAAACAUGUAAUAAGCCAAUUGAAUUAAAUAAACACAUCAAAUUUAUGGGUGAUUUUCAUCAUCCACAUCAUUUUCAUUGUUAUGAUUGUGAUCAAGAACUUGGUUUGGAUGCACAUGAACGUGGUGGUGAAUUAUAUUGUCUUAAAUGUUUCAGUCGUUCUGGUGUAUCAAUAUGCUCAGCAUGCAGACGUCCGAUUGAGGGUCGUAUAGUUUGGGCACUUGGUAAAGUUUGGCAUGUUGAACAUUUUGUAUGUCAUCACUGUGAAAUACCAUUUAUGGGUAGUAGGUUUUAUGAGUGGCAAGGACACGCCUACUGCCUAAUACAUUAUCAAUCUAGAAUUGGAAGUGUCUGUCAUAUAUGUGCGAAACCAGUUACUGGUAUAUUGGUUAAAUUUACUAAUAAAAUUUAUUGCCCUGAACACUUUCUUUGUUCACUAUGUGACAGAAAAUUAGAUGAAAAAUCCAAACUUUAUGAAAUCGAUUUGAAACCAGUAUGUAAAGAUUGUUAUGAUAAAUUACCCAUACAGUGGAAAAAGAUUCUGGCAAAAAUUCAUCGUGCAGAUAGAAAAAUAUGGAGUAAUUAA